AUGGCAUCGCGCCGGCAUUUCCGGCGACGGGCGGUUAUCACUUUGGCAAUAGUUGUACUCUUCACUUGGUACCUGCAUUGGCGGACAGACAAUGCAUCGAUUGUAGUCGCCCAGUAUCCAUUACUUUCAAAAUACAUUUCUGCCCAGAGGGGAGAUGGUGGAGCUUGGCACAUCCCAUCUAGCUGGACACAGGGAUCUGGGGCUGCCAUUGAGAAUAUUGUCGAUGCCGCCAGUUUGGCUCUCAAUGCAUCCAGACUACUGCCAGAGCGGCAGAUUCCCCAGUCUGCCAUUCCCUUGAUCAUUCAUCAAACAUGGAAAAAUACACAUCACGAUCGAUGGCCAGAAUCAUUCCGUCGCAGCACUGAAACCUGGCUCUCGGGAGUUGAAAGUGGCAACAUGGCAUACUUCCUUUGGGAUGACAAAGGCAUUGCUCAGUUCAUCCGGCACUUUGAACCGGAGAUAGAGAGUCAGUUCUAUGCACUACCAAAUAAUGUGGAACGAUCGGAUGUCUUUCGCAUCCUGGUUUCCAAGUGGAUUGGUGGCAUCUACGGCGAUAUGGACACUGAACCCAUUCGCCCCCCGUCAACAUGGAUUGCCCCUACAGAUCUAGAGCCCUGGCAAGAUUUGGAGACGGGCACGGUGUACAAAUCAACCGAGCCAGUCAGAGCUAUUGUUGGUCUUGAGGCGGAUUGCCUACCUGACAGUGACCUCUACUGGCGUAUGGGGUACUUCUACCCUAUCCAACUGACGCAGUGGUCUUUCGCCUGGGCGCCCGGGCAUCCCAUUCUGCAGUUGUUCAUCGACCGUCUACUUGCAACAAUGCAGGCAGUUUCUGAAGAUAAUGAUCCGCGGCUUGAAUUAUAUUCAGCUCAACAGGCCCUCUACGCCAUCGACCCACUGAACCUGACUGGUCCAGUCGCGUUCACUGAUUCGGCUCGAGGGUGGCUGAAAACCGAAUGGGGUCUGAGGUGGAAUGCUCUGUCUGGCCUUGCUGAUGGAGGGCUGAGCAAAUUAGUGGGAGAUGUGCUCGUUCUUCCCAUAACCGCAUUUAGUCCAGGAAGAGGUCAAUAUGGCAACAUGGGUUCGAAGCCCGUCACGGAUGCUUCUGCUCGGCUUGUCCACCAUGCAGAAGGGUCCUGGAGAAAAUCUAGCGUUCUGGUGGAGUACGGCAAAUUUUGUCGCACCUUUUUCGGGCGCUGCAGGGACUGGUCAAAAGUGUCUCAUAACUGGAUUAUUUGA